AUGGCGCGGGCGCGGGCGCGGGCGGCGGGCUCGCGGGGCCGGCCCGGGCGGUGCGGGCGGGGCGCGCUGCUGGUCUGCGUCGCGUGGACCGCGGGUUGGGUGCUGGCGGCCGCGCUGCUGCUCCGCGCGCACCCGGGCGUCCUCUCCGAGCGCUGCACCGACGAGAAGAGCCGGCGCAUCCUGACCGCGCUGUGCCAGGACUACCGGGGCGGCGCACUCGGGGGAGACCUGUGCGAGGACCUGUGCGUGGCGGGACAGCUACGGUACCGGCGCUGCCUGUACUACGAGCGGGGCAAGAAGGUGCUGCAGGCUGACUGGCGCGGCCGGCCCGUGGUCCUCAAGUCCAAGGAGGAAGCCUUCUCCAGCUUCCCGCCGCUCGGCCUCCUGGACGGCCAGCCCGAGGCCGGCGGCCCCGGCUUCCCGGAGGCAGAGCUCCUCCUGCUGGCGGCCGGGGAGGUCAAGAGCGCGCUGGGCCUGGAGCUGGCCGAGGGCGGCCUGGGGCGGCUGGGCCUGGGGCGGCGGGGGCCCCGGCUGCGGGGUCAGCUGGCCAGCCUGUGGGCGCUGCUGCAGCAGGAGGAGUUCGUCCUGCUCAGCCUGCUGCGGGGCCGCAGCCCGCACGCGCCGCCCGUGCUGGGCUCCUGCGGCCACUUCUACGCCGUGGAGCACCUGGCCGCGGGCAGCCCCCGCCUCCGGGCCCUCUUCCCCCUGGACGGCGCGGCCCGCGGAGGCCGGGCCCAGGCGCGCGCGCUCAGCGGCGUGGCGCUCAGCUUCCUGGACAUGGUCCGCCACUUCGAGCACGACUUCUCGCACCGCCUGCACCUCUGCGACGUCAAGCCCGAGAACUUUGCCAUCAGGAGCGACUUCACGGUGGUGGCUAUUGACGUGGACAUGGCCUUUUUUGAGCCUAAAAUGAGGGAGAUUCUUGAGCAGAACUGCACGGGAGAUGAAGACUGCAACUUCUUUGACUGUUUUUCAAAGUGUGAUUUGCGAGUGCACAGGUGUGGAGCCCAGAGAACCAACAGCAACCUGCAGGUCGUCUGCGACAAGAUCCUCCGCCACUGGUUCUCCUCGCCGCGCCGCAGCCCCGCCGUGUCGGCCCCGCUGCGGCGGCAGCUGCGGGCGGCGGUGCUCGAGUGCGCGGCCCCGGGGGCCCAGGACGCGGCGCCCCGCGUGCUCGCGAAGCUGCGGCGCCUCCUCCAGGCCGCGCUGCGGGAGCUGCAGGAGGACAAGUAGCCGCGGCCCCCGCGCGGUGAAGGGAGCGCGUCCGCGGCGCGGACAAGGGCCUCGGGGACACUUACUGUGUGCGGAGGGGGCCGCCCGGCGCUGUUCGUCCCUCGGCCGCCUCCUCCUUCUGCUCUGCUUUGAGGACCCCCUCCGGGCCUCGCCCGUCACCCCUUCGAAGUGACACGAGGAAAGGGGUCCCUGCGCCGCGUUCUCGGAAGGACGCUCCGCUGUGCUGGAGCAAGAGCCCCGCCGCGUCCCUGCAGACGUCAUCAC